GCAGAACAAUACAGACUAGGCACCUCGGCAAUCGCUCGUUGCGUCCUUCAUGACCCGUUGAUUGUAACUCAGAAGCGAUCGGAAGCUCGCCGUUUUCCGCCAGCAUAGCACAGGAGUCGCAAGCUCCCAGCCUAUUUCGACGCAGUCUUGUAAAUUAUCAAUCUGCUAGUCUAACGACGCGAGCGAAGGAAGUCAGGCAGUCGAUAAGCGAAGGUAUGAUCAGAGCACAGCUUCUGUCGACCUUUCAGCGUCAGAUGUCCAACCCAUGCCUUGCAUAUGAGACUCCAUACUCUCCGAUAGAUCUAGCCUACAUUGUCCGUAGAAGCUAGCAGCAUGUACUCCGCGCCGGUAUCAGAAAGUCGAAAGUUGCUUGAAGAUAAACAGUUCUGAAAUUUGCUUCUAGCAAGAUGAAGCACCAGCUGGACUAUGUGCAAGCUCGUCGUGGCGUCAUGGCUCGACAAUCGCAGCUUAGUGUGCGUGACUUCUCCAGGCAGGCUAAUGCUAUUGCGAUUAGCAUACCUCUUUCCUUCAUCGCCUCCUUAAUCAUCGUCAAUCUCGCAACAGCAGAAUCAAAUCCAGCAUCCCCUGCGAGGCACAUUAGAGGAUCGCUCGACUUCGGCAGCGUCCCGUUGAACGGCUCGGGUCCGUCCUUGUUCCCCGGCGCGACGCCUCUCUCCACCGCAGCGCAGCGCGUGCUGCUGGGCCAAGCUCUGGGCGAGGAGCCCGCCGCGUUGACGCAGCUACCGUCCGCACAGUCCACUGUUGUGCUAGCGCCCGGAAAGUCGCUAGGAGAAUCGUCGGAACAAUCGCUAGGACAGUCGUCAGGUCAGUCGUCAGAUCAGCCGUCAGGACAGUCGCUAGAGCAGUCGUCAGAUCAGUCGUCAGGACAGUCGCCUGUCGUGCUCCCUGCAGCAUCGGCGGCGAAGGCUACAGGAGCGAAGCCGCACGAUGCCACGUGGACCGGCCUGCAUAACAAGUACUCUAGAAUAGCGGAUCUGCUGCCGUCGGCUGACGUCAUUUUCUACGGCGAUUCGCUCACUGAGGGCUGGCUCGGGACGUUCAAGGGAACGUCGACUAGUCUCUACGCGGGAGUGAGAGGCGUCUUCGAAUCCGUUAAAGCGUCUGUGGGCGCUACAUCUGUGCAGGCUUUCGGCAUAGCUGGCGACACUGUAGACGACCUCCAGCAGAGAAUAGAGGGAGGCGAGUUCCCCCCUUCUCUGCAGCUGCGCGUGGCGGUACUGUGUGUGGGAAUCAACGACAUCCUCACCAAAAAGACGAGCGCCAGCACCACCGCCAACAAGGUCGUAACGCUGGCAGUCAAUGUGCGCAAGGCGCACCCCUCCACUGCCGUCCUUGUGCUGGGGCUGCUGCCCGAGGCGGCCACCAGCAAGGAUGCGUCGCUGCCUGACCCUGCGCCGGCUCAAGUGAACGCCCUCCUCGCGCUGGCCCUGGCUCCGGUGGACGGUGUGUCCUUCCUCGACUGCUCCUAUGCCUUCACCAAUCCCGGUGGCUCUAUCAACGCGGCCGCCUAUGCACCUGACUCGUUUCGAUACCUGCAUCUAUCAGCUACAGGCUACAAGUCAUGGUCGGGGUGCUUCUCACCACAAGUCAAGACGAUGCUCAAAGAAACGUCAGCAAUCCCCGCUGUACCCACUUCCCCUGUCCGCACGCCCUCAACACCUCCCCCCGCCAAAGCACCUCCGUCCAAAUCCUCUCCCCCUCUCAAAUCGCCGCCCACUAAACCACCAUCCCAAAAGUCACCAUCAACGUCCCCGUCCAAAGCACCCCCCACCAAGUCACCCCCCACUAAGUCACCACCGACCAAGGCACCCCCCUCCAAGGCACCCCCACAGACAUCACCUCCUUUAAUGUCUCCCCCAGUCAAGCCUCCACCAGCGGCGCCCUCCCUCCCCUCCCCUGCUGCGCCCUUCAUACCAUCCGUGUCCCCCCCUCCCUCGCCACCUAAGAUCCCCGCUUCCAAACCCAAUCAGACUUCUAAAGCUAAUCAGACAUACGGCACACCAGUUAAACCCCCUGUCAACUCCACUGGCUCUAAGAGACGAUCCCCCCAUAAGACGCCUGUAAAAAAACAGUCCCCUUAUAAGCAGAAGCCGCCACAGAAGCCACCAGCAGCCUCCACCCCCCCUCCUGAUGAGGUGCCUCUUCCAAUCAAGAAGGAAAACUCCAGUAAAACUCCAACCACUGCCCCCAAGCCAGCAAACGACCCGUCCGAACCUGCUGCCGAACCUGGUCCCAAGUCGUUCAAGCCUAACUCAAACACUUCUGAACCUGAACCUGGCGUUUCUGAUCCCGAGCCUGGUCUUUCCAAGCCUGGAGGGGAUCCAUCCGAGCCCGAAAAAACUCCAUCCGAGCCUGCGAGGAAUUCUUCCGAGGCAGAUCGUGCCCGUUCAUCUGGCAUCAAGAGGAUGAAAGGGAGGAACCCUGAGCACCCAUACCAGCCUGGUGGGGAGAGCAGUGGGGGCGCGGGGGACAAGCAGAAUGGAAGCAGCGGGGCAAGUGGCGCUGGGGGUACUGGUGGUACUGGUGGUACUGGUGGUACUGGUGGUACUGGUGGUACUGGGAAUGUGACUCAUGGGGACGUGACUCAUGGGAAUGGGACGCAUGGGGAUGUGACACAUGGGGAUGUGACACAUGGGGAUGUGACACAUGGGGAUGUGACACAUGGGGAUGUGACACAUGGGGAUGUGACACAUGGGAAUGUGACACAUGGGGAUGUGACACAUGGGGAUGUGACACAUGGGGAUGUGACACAUGGGGAUGUGACACAUGUGCCGCAUGGGAACGCGACACAUGGCAAUGUGACUGAGAACAAUGUGACGUAUGGGAGCCGGCAGCCUGCACCAGCAGCUCCUGUGGGCGAGCAGCCAGCUCCAGUGGGCGAGCAGCCAUCUUCCGAACCUCCUGCAGCAACCAAAGUGCUCCCUGCACAACCGCUGAAGCCCAAAGUAAUCGCCAAACCUCUGCCUUCCGCCAUUCCAGUCCUGCCUGUUCCUCUUCCUCCUCUGCCUCCUCCUGUCUCACCUGCUCCACUCCCCAAGCUGCCUUCUCCAGUAGCCGCCGCCCCCUCGUCACCGCCCCCCACUCAACCUGCUCCUUCCUCUGCCCCGGCCCUUGUACCACCAAAACCAGCACCAGCGCCAACAGCACAACCAUUACCAGCGCCAGCAUCAGCGCCCCUUCCUCUCCCCCCUGAACAGCCGCCUGCCCCUUCGCCCUAUCCACUUACCCCUGCUCCCUUGUCCCCCAAACCCCCUGCCACCAUCCCUGUGCCAGCAGCCAUACCUCCCCCUCUCAUCCCCACCCCUCAACCCGCACAAGCCAGCCCUUCCCUUGCAUCCCCUGUUCCAACUGCCACUCGAGAGCCUCUUGCUGUACCAGUUGAGGCACCUGUGGUUGGUUCGGGUCUUCCCUCACCCACGGAAGUGGAUUCUCCAACCAUAAGUGUUGCGGCCUCACCAACUAAGGAUGCUGGCAUGCCGGGGUUUGCAGCUGUGAGCAAUUCUGCUCCACCAGUCGUCCCAUUCUGGCCCCCCAGCAAAGGAGGGGACAGAUCACUCCAGAACAACAUCCUGCAAAUAUUUUUUGCAUUAGGCGCCCUUAUUCUGUCGAUCAUACUAUGAACCUAAUGAAUAUGUUUUCGUGCAGGUAGCAUUGUCCAAAUACUGUACCUCUUUCCAUUUUUUGUAAUGUCACGGC